CUCUGCCUGUCGAAAGUAAAGGUUUACUUUAACUUUUGUUGCACACAGUGGAAAUGUCACAGAGUGUUCAUUUGCUUGAUAACACAACAACAACAUGGCUGCAACUGAAGAAUAGGAGAAAAGUUUGUCUUAAAGCUGCACACUGAGCACUGAGGAGACAUGGAUGUAGUGUUUGGACUGCUGCUCCUGCUGCUGCUUGGAAUCUCUAAAGGUGUGAAAACCUACUGUGAUGGCAGACAAGAUGGAGCCCAGUGUUAUGGAGCUCUGGGAGGAACUUUGGUCCUCAAACUGAUGGACAGCGCCUCAGAAAUAUAUAAAUACCAAUGGUUAAAUAAAACAACAGUGAUACUGAAUGGGAGAAAGAAUAGGAUAGUGAAUAAUCAGAUAGAAAACAGAUCCUCAUUUACGCACAGUGAUGGAGUAUUUAGGAUCUACAACCUCAGUCAAACUGAUGAUGGUGAAUAUGCGCUUGAAAUUUUUGAUUCACAUGGAUCCAAAUUAGUGCAUCAGAAUCAAAAGUUGACCAUUCAAGCUCCUGUGUCCUCUGUCCAGCUGGUCUCUGAGUGUCUGUCUCAGGGAGAGAUGAAGGUCUCCUGCUCCUCUGAGGGAGGGGACAGUCCUCAAUACAGUUGGACUCUGGAUGGACAAACACUGACUGACACUCAGCUCCUCUCUGGAAAUAAUGAGACAAAUAACAUCACUCUGAAACAAGACACGUCAGGACUACUGGUCUGCACAGUCAGGAAUCACAUCAGUACGAUAUCUGCAUGUGGCUUCAUAUAUACCAACUGCACCUUACCAAACGGGAAGCUUGUGUCACCCUGGGUGAUCAUUGCCACAAACAACCUGUGUAUUGAGUCAACAACAACCCCAAACUGGAUUGAUACUGAGGGUAAGAGACUGGUAUCGAGAUCGCUCCCUGCCACAAUAUGCUGUGAGAGCAGCUGUGGUAUUUCUUGUUUUAAUUGGGAUCGCCUUCUAUUUUGUUUGGAAGACAAAGAAAUUCAAGGAAGCUCAGUGCUGCCCCAUCACUAAAACAACAGAAAAUCAAAAUACAUCUGUUUUGAUAGCUGAAUUUACAAGGUCUGCAUCUGAACUUUAACCUUCUAAAAACAACAUCCAUAUGUCAUAUCUCAUCUUCUGUCAUGGACCAUUUCUCUUCAUGGACACAAACAAACUGUGCUGAGAGUGGAAAUUAUUUUCUGUUUUGAAUUUUCACAAAUUAACUUCUGCUUAAUGCUGCUCAAAGCUUAGCACUUUUAAUUUCUUCCAAUAAAAAUAGACAAGUGUUUUUUUGUUUGUUUUUAAACAGCAAAAAAAUGAAAUGAACAUUUUUUUUUCUUUUUUACUGUAGCUCCACAAGUUCUGUUAUUCAGACUCCCCCACACUCUUUCCUGUGAUCACAAGUGCUGAUAGAUAUACUUGACUGGUUUUGGUGGGUGUAAAGUUUUAACCCUAUUAAUAGAGGUGUCACUGAUGCUGCAAGACAACUGUUUCCUGUGACCAUAGAAACAGAAAAAGAUUAGAAGAGCAAAUAACCGUGCAAAAAAAAGAACAGAAUUACAUAACAUGAUACAUUUAUUUACAUUUAUAGUGGAAAUGUAAACCAUGAGACAGUGUGAUUAAACCAAACAUGUAUGUUGCUGCCA